GAACCAGUGAACACCAGGAUAAGGACAAAAACAAAACAAAACAAAACCAUCCAAAUUACCCCCAGACGCCCGCCCCGCGGUCCCUGUGUGUUCGGCGCCCCGCGGGCGUGCACUUUGUCACCUGGAGUGGAGCGGGGCAGAGCUGGCGGGACGGGACGGGGUGCUAGGCUCGGCGCCACACCCCUAGGAGCUCCCUCCCAAGGCAGACCGCCCGGUUCUCCCUCCGAAUCUCAGCAGAAACUUUCCCCUCUGUCCCCACCGCGCCACCGCGAGUUGCUUAGCCGACCGUUGGCCAGGAGGACGCCCGUCCUUUGCCCUGGAGACGCCCUUCGGGACGCGUGCAGCCCUGCCCUCGGGGACGUCGGUGCAGCACGGGACCAGGCAGAAGGUUCCUACAGUACAGCCUGGCUUUCCUGGGCCGCCUGUGCUUCCUGGAGUUCCAUGGAAAAUGGAAGGCCUCCCGAUCCUGCAGACUGGGCUGUGAUGGACGUCGUCAAUUAUUUCCGAACAGCAGGAUUUGAGGAGCAAGCCAGUGCUUUCCAGGAACAGGAAAUUGAUGGAAAAUCCCUGCUCUUGAUGACAAGAAAUGACGUGUUGACAGGACUUCAUUUAAAAUUGGGGCCCGCUCUGAAAAUCUAUGAGUAUCAUGUUAAACCUCUUCAGACCAAGCAUUUAAAGAACAGCUCUUCAUAGUAAAGUGAAACUGAGGUCUCAGUCCUCAAAACAAAAUACACAAUGAUGUCAUUUAGUUCCAUGUUGUGAGACUUCACAAACAGAAUACAUACAUACAUGUGUAUAUGUAAAGAAUUUCGAUCCAACAAAGUGUUAUCCUAUUGGAUAGACUAGGCAGUCCAUCAGCUGGCUGACUCAGCCCAGAGGAGCAAAGACAGAAUGUAUGUAAGAUGGUUGUCCUUGUCAAACCAAGACAUCAUUGGCUCUGAGGUACCCUUCCCCUGAGGAGCUUUGAAAUCACAAGAAUUUUCUUUGUUUCAUAAUAGAUUGUUUCUACCAACUCCUUAAAAACAAGGAUGGAUGUAGAAUGAGUGGUUUGGGUUGCAGACUUAGAAAUGAGAGCAAACAAAAUCCGUGGGGAGGGGGGAGAGGGAGGAGUACUGUCUCCCUUGAGUUGCUCUGCUCCUAGAUGUCUGUUCCAUGGAUGGAAUUGCCAUCACCCUUUUUCUGUAGAGGGUUUUCCACUCGAUCUUCUUAAGGUUUCACAGAAACGUUCUGUGCUGUGUGUGAAGCGAACAUGCACCAGGCUCCCUUUCGGAGCAGAACUCUCUCUGAGAAGAGAGACAUGCUAUGCACUGGAGACAUCCUUGUAAUCUACUCACUGU